AUGGAGGAAAAGGACAAGUUUUUUAACAUGAUAUCCCGUAUGUGUUCAAGUCAGGAGGGUGACGUAUCUGAUGAGGAUAUCACUCAAGAUCAGCUAAGGACACUUGGAGGAAUUGAGAGAAUAGGUAACCAGCUCAUGUCAGUUGUGUGCAAGAUUUUACUGGCCGAUAUGAAGAGCGAAGGAGAAGCGAAGCGACACAUAUUUGAUACUGACUUUAUGGCAAUAAUGGCUGUGAACCCAUCUCGGUGGGAUGCUAGAAAACGAGAAAAGCAGUUUUCACCUGAAUAUGUCGAUUACAACAUAGGAGACUGUGACUUGAUAUUUGGACCUACACUUAUUGGUGCUCACUGGUUUUGUCUUGUGAUUGAGCCUAAGACAAUGAAUUUCUAUGUGCUAGACUCAAUGAAGCCAAGUUUUGCUGCUAAGAAGAGUAAGAAGAAAGGUGUAGCUGAUGAUGAUAUGAUGACUGUGGUCAUUGAAUGUAGGGAUCGAUUUUAUGACAUGAUUGAGAUAGUAAAGCCCAAUACCAUUGGAAAGAAGAAAAUGAGUGACAUUAUUUGGGCCCCUGUUCCUCAACAAAACAAUCUGCGAGACUGUGGUGUUCAUAUUUUAAUAUGGUUAAGCGAAUGGGAGCCCAGUGUGAUGCUUGACUACAGUGAAGAACAUGUUGCUAAUUUCGAAUGA